AUGGCCGACCAACACGUCACCUUCCACCCCCGGGACGCCCUCUCCAACACGGCGAGUACCACUCUCCAGACCACGGCUGUCGGCGCCGUCGUUGCCGGUGUUCAGAACACACUACGGAAGCAGAAUGUCGGAGCCAUGGGCAUCCUCACCCGCUCGGGAGGCAUAAUCGCCCUAUACGCUGGUGUCGGAGCCGCCUAUCAAUUCACACUCGACGCGACCAGCAACCUGCGACAAAAAGACGACUGCUACAGCGAAGCAGUUGCUGGUUUCGUCGCUGGAUGCGGUGUCGGUGUUGCCAGACGGAGCCUUCCCUUCAUGCUCGGUGCCGGAGUAUGCUUCUCCACCGCCCUCAGUGCCUACCGAUACGCCAAUGGUAUGCGCGGUGUCGGAGACAUCCGCGACCAGGUCGAUGACGAUGGCGAGGUCGAGCGCAGGGAGGAGCUGAAGAAGGUGCGCAGGCGGCCACUAUCCGAGACGCUCCAGCAACUGGGCGAGGGACGAGGAAUCUAUGGCCCCGGCUACGAGGAGAGGAGGCGGCAACGACUGUUGGAGAAGUACGGCAUCGACGUCAAGGCAGAGCAAUAG